GCUUAGUUCAACAUGGACCUGCUAAGCGUACUGAAGUGCCGGCUGGAAGUCGUAGACGAUGAAGUCUCAUCACGGGACCUGGUCAACCGGCUGGUUGCGUUGGGUCCCCAAGAGGAACCUCUGCAUCUGAUCGAGCUGGACACGCUAAUGAAGCGACACUACCAGUGGCUACGUCAUCUGCCGCGAGUACGCCCGUUCUACGCCAUCAAAAGCAACGACGAUGCGGCGUUGGUUGAAACUGCAAUUUUACUUGGCUGUGGCUUCGAUUGCGCCUCCAAGGCUGAAGUUCAUCGAGUGCUAGGGUUUGGGGUGGAUCGGGAGCGGAUCAUCUUUGCGCAACCGGCGAAGACCAUCGAGUCGUUGCGGUACGCCAGGGAGAAGAACAUUCGGACUGUGUUUGAUAGUGAGUUCGAGCUUAGGAAGCUUCACGAGCACUAUCCGGAAGCUGAAGUACUCAUACGCUAUCGAUUCGACUCUAGAAAUGCCAGAGUGAAUUUGGGAAACAAGUUUGGUUGUGAUCCUGGCCAAGAAGCUCGCGUAUUGCUCCAGCUAGCCAAAGACCUCGGUAUCAAGGUGGUCGGAUGGUGUUUCAACGUAGGUUCCGCUUGUUCCGAUGCAGAAAUUUUCUACGAUGCGAUUCGCAAAGGUCGUGAAAUAUCAGACUACGCCGCCACGCUUGGAUUUCAUUUCAACUAUAUUGACUUGGGAGGAGGAUUCUCCGGUGAUAAGGACGUAUCAAUUGAAAAGUAUUCAGUUCAUAUCAACAAAGCGCUGGAUGAAUUCUAUCCAGAUGAUAAGGGGUUGACAAUAAUUGCCGAACCUGGCAGAUACUACAGCGCAGCAGCUGUAACUUCGGUUAUUCCGGUCCAUGGCAAACGUGUCUUCCGGGAUGCAACUGAUCAAAAUAAAAUCGAUAAAGUCUUCUACUACUUCAACGAUGGAAUCUACGGAACCUUCAUCAGUGCCAAGUAUCGCAACCAACCGGUGAAUCCCAUAAUCUGGAAGAAACGCGGCGAUUGUGGACCGGCGUACAGUUCGACCUUGUUCGGGCCGACUUGCGACGGAAGUGACUUCUUUGCCAGUGACAUUCAGCUGCCGGAGCUUGACAUAUCGGACUUUGUGGUGUUCGAGAACCAGGGAGCAUACGCUAGGGUGCACUCGUGCAGAUUCAACGGAUUCUGCCUGCCGAAAGGUGUCAUUUUCAUCCGACGUAGUGCCAUGGAUCUUCUGUACGAGGUGUUCGACGUGGACAAUCCAGACCAGAUUGUUUUGAAAUCAAAGUUUUUACAGGAAAACAACGUUAUCGAGAAGCUCAAAUUUGUAUGUUGACAGGUAAUGAAACCAAUUAAAUAAAUUCUGUUUU